UUCUCAGUGCGCAUAGUGCAUCGAGAGUUGCCGGUUGAAUCCUGAUUUCUCUGAGUGUGCCUCAGCUGGAAACACAGGCCCCUGCACCCGGCACAGGAUAAUUUAUCGAACAUUUCGAUCAUGAAUCGCGCUCUGUGGCUCCUGCUUCUCGUCGGCGUGCAAGCAGCCCUUCUUCCUGCAGUACUCGCCAGCUCAGAGCCAGACUACCUGGACGACAAUAAUGACUAUGACGAGGAAGAAAACGAAGAAGAGGAAGGAGGUACCGGAGACAUUCCAAUCAUUUCCAGCAAAUCAAGAGAUUUGCAGCCCUUGGAAAAGACCGACGUCGUGUUGCCCUGCGAAACUGAAGGAGGAGAAAACGUCCAGCUGAUCUGGAUGAAGGACAAGACCAUCCUGUUCACGGACAAGAUCAGAUCUGGCAAGGACAAGCGCUUUGAGAGGCUGGACAACGGCGCUCUCAAGAUCAGCAAGGUGAUGGCCGAUGAUUCUGGCAACUACACCUGCCAGAUGGCGAUCCAGUCCAAGCCUUCGAUUACCCACCAGCUUAGAGUUCUUUUGGCUCCAAGAAUCAUCAACUGGGUGCACGGGCUUAAGAAGACCCUGAACAAGGGUGAUUCUCUCACUCUGUCUUGCAGUGCCACUGGAUACCCGCAGCCAUCUAUCUCUUGGUCUAGAAAGGGACGUCACAUGCCCAAUGGUGAAGACACAAUUGACGGAGAGUCCAUCACUUUUGAGAACGUGAACCGCAAGCACAUUGGAAUUUAUGAGUGCAUGGCCACCAACAAUGUUGGCGACCCAGCCACCAGCAGCGUCGAGGUUGAGGUCAAAUACGCACCUGAAAUUGAGAUCGAAAAGGCCAUCGUCAACUCCGGAGAGGGCUCUGAUGCUGAGCUGGUGUGUGAGGUGCACGCUGACCCCAGGCCCAAGGUGGGCUGGUUCAAGGACGGAGUGGCCAUUCCCCUCAAGUCGGACAAGUACAAGAUUUCCCACGCCGGCAGCAAGCAUCUGCUCACCAUCAUCAACACCCAGAAGAUGGACUUUGGCAUGUACACCUGCCACGCCAACAACACCAUGGGCAGAGUCGACAAGGUCGUCAAGCUUUCUGGUGAGCCAAGCCCGGCCAGAUAUGUUUCCGGUGAGGAGUUGGAAAAUGGACAGAAGCUCAUGUGGAUUGUCGAAAGCCACUCUCCUGUUUCCAAGUUCACUUUGAAGUACAGGAAUAGAAAGGGAGGUGAGUGGAUUGAAGUUCAUCCUCCUGUCGAGAACCCUGAGGGCAAUGUGUACUCUGUGGAGCACAACCUGGAGCUCACUCCUGGAGAGUAUGAGGCUGUUCUCAUGUCCGAGAACACUUACGGCUGGUCCGAGUCCAGCCUUCCACACUUGUUCAACUACAAGCCCAAUCCUAAAGAGCGUGAAAAAUUGAGGAAGAAUAUUAAGGUUGCCGGUGGUGGCGGAAGUUUGAAAAUCAAAGAACAUGCUGAGGACACAAGUGGAGCGCCAUCCAUCAAGUCACAAGUCUUAGCCGUACUGACCAUUGCCAGCCUGAGCACUUUUUUCUUGUAGUCAGUUUUGAGCAUGCACCUUGGUUAUAACAUGACUGUGAAAUCUUCUUGAUCACGCGUAAAAUCAUAUUUUUCCCAAGAAUAGAGAGCUGCGAUGACUUUUAUUGAAAACCGCUUCAAAACAGCAUGAAGGAAAAAAAGAAGUCUGCCUUGGGAGCAGUACCUAGACUGAAGAGCAUAAAUGGCUUUUUCUACAAGCUACACUUCUAUGUUAUAUGUCUUCACAUUUUGCUCCCUUGUCACACACAAUGAAUGAGUGCGGAUCCAACCGAGAAGAGAAAACGCAACUGAAAAUAGUUUGAAACUUACUGGUGCCUUUGAAGAUGAAUCGAGACGCCCCAGAGCAUCCGCAGAUUGCUUGAGUGAUUUCAAUGCCAGAAAUCCAUCCGCCAUUUCCAGUCUCUGUGGCAACAUUUGUUAAUUUCGCAAAGUGCUUCGGAGGUUGCAGAAACACAAGUUGAAAUGAAUUUUGUUACUUACGUAUUGGCCCUUUUUUGCCUUUUAUUUUUCAUUUUUUGAUCUGCAAAUUUAGUGUUAAAAAGUUUCUGCUCUGCUUCGGCAACCUCCAGUUUAAAGCUGAGCACAAUUCGGCUACCAGAGGACAAUAAUCGAGAAUAAAAUACAAAAGUAACAAUGCCCUAGAGGUUGUUUUGCAAGAAAUUCUGUAGGUAUGGUUGCGAGUUGUAGUGAAGAAGCAGUGAAUCAAUCUAGCAAAACACAAGUUCAUGUUGUAAAAAAGAAUCUUGCGUGCUUUAAAAACCAACAGAAAUCCACACCUGGAGCUGAUCGAGUAAACUUAGUAUGAUAUAAAGUUAUUCAAGAAAUCUCUGUCAAGUGUUAUGAAAAAUCUAGAUGUUUCAGACGCAUUAUUCUAUCUACCAAAACAUUUUAAUGUAAAUUAUGAAAAUUGAAGUUGAAAGACACAGUCCUUCUAGUUAGAUCCGUUUUGCGCCUAAAAAUCCUCACCAAUGUAUACUAUGCCCUUGUAGCUUGUAAAUUUCUGAACAAAUUAUUGGCUACUCUUAGAAUUUUAAAGGAAUCAGUCUUUUUUUAAGAUUGGCAUAAAGUGCAGAUUUGCAGAAUUUCCUCCAAAAUUGAAAACUGAACUUCUUUGCAAAAUUGGAUAGGAUUAGACUUUAGAGAAAUGAAAACUACACAACAAUGCCAUUUAUGUGUUCUUACAUGAACUAUUCAGAGAGUAUACAAUUGAUUUUAAAAGCAUAAUUUUUGGUUACCAAAGCACUAAAGUAUAAAGAUGCUACGGGUUGGUCAAAUUAAUUUGUUUUUAAAGCCCACUUCUAUUUUUUGAAAUUGCUCUAUUAAUCAACAGGUUUUACUUUUUAAUUACCUCAUUUAAACACAACAAGUUGUAAAUAUAUAUGGACGAGAAGCACACAGUCUCCGGGAUGCUAACUUACAAGUAGAAGAAGAAUUUUAACUCUUUACAAAAUUAUUGUUUUGUAAAUUAUUAUACAGCUCGAACACAUCGGUUUUUAUUGCCGUCUAUUUUUGUUCUCUGUUUCACUUUAAUCUGGUGUGUAUGAGUGUAAAUUAAUUUUGUCUGAGCGUUUUUAUUUAUAUAAAAAAAAAUGUAUUUUUUUGAUGCAAACAAUUGAAUUAGUUCUACUGUUCACAAACUUAUCUAGCUUAGACAAAAACUCGAGCGUAUUCAGCUGAUUAAAUAUACCAAAAGAAAAAACACAAAACUGUGCGAAAAUCAGGCCCUCGUCAAAUCCUCACUGUAUAGCUUGUUUAUUUAGCGGCAUUUAAUUAUUUUGAACAAAAGAAAAUGGAAAGUGAGGAAUUGACGGAGAUUUGAAACCAUUGAUUAAAUGUAAUUGUUUCCGUGGUUGCAUGGAAGGGUGCGUGAAAAUGUGAAGCGCGAGUGAUUUGCGAUUGAUCUAAAUAAUAUGUAUGCUAAAUCGAACCUCCUCUUGUGACGAAGUUCUGUGCUCCGUGGUGGCUAAUUAAUUUGGAAUAAUAAACCCAUCUCAUCUAGAAAUAAGAUUCACGAGUUUCAAAAAUUCAAUGUUAGCUUUGUCUGUGCGCCAAAGCCACCAGUCUGCACUGCUUGUGAUUUUGCAUUGCAAAUUUAAAAUUGAAGCAGAGCAGCGUUGGGAAUGCAAAAAAUGAGAUGUCAAGCACAAAUAUUACCAUGGGAAAAUGCUUGAUUAAGAUUUUGUGUCAUUUGUUGAUUGGCCACCAGCAGCAACAUUGUAUUAUUUUAACAACAGAAAUAAAAGUCUAUAUAUACUGCAGAUAAUAAGAAUAA